CUUGGACAACCUAUAUUUGAGCCUUCCACUCACCUCUGCACCACCACAAACCAUUCAACCAUCUACUCAACCAUCUCCACACCGAGACUUCAUUGGGUACAAGAAAAGUUUUUUAGUCCACUGAAUCGAUUCAUUGCGCACACUGCUGCGCACACCGCACCCCCUCGCCGCCACCAGCGAGCUAAAAUUUGUUCGCGAUAGCACAACUCCAGUCUCUUGACAUCACCACAACGCUGGCUUUGAGAUUCUCAGGCUGCCUCGCAAACUCACUAGUUCGAAGUAUCUACUAAAGCCCACGUAUCUUCCAAUACAAACUGGUUUCGUCGCAUUACUGCCUCGACAUCAACAAAGCUAUCCGCAGACUCCGGAGCCAACCUGGACACGUGGGACGAACACGGCUUAAUCUAAGAGAUGGACGAUAUGGAGCACGUUGAUGGGUACGUCGACCUCGUGAUACUCAAUAAAAUCCAGAUCGUAUUGCAGGAUAGCCAGGAGACGGAGGAUCAGCAGCUUGGCGAAUGGAUCAAGACCAACUACCUCCGCAUGGCUCUACAUCCAGGAUAUUCUCUCAGCCCAAUCAAUACCCGCCAGGGAUUCAGAAACUUGGAUCGGGCAUACAAGCGUGUGCGAAUGUUGACUGGUCGAGCUCAAGAUGAGUGGCCAUUCUACUAUCAAAAGUUCAAAAACAAUCCGAACGCAUUUCGCAAAUAUGCGCUGGGAGAAGAUAAAGCUCUAGAUCAGGGUUUUCAUGCUGUUGAGACUGCUACUCAAAAAUCAGCUGCUGUCUCCAAAACCCCACCUACGGAGUCUCAGUCGUCAGCUAUCAACGUGACACAGUUCGCGACUUUGCAGACUGAAAACGCGGGUGACUCGAUGCUGUCUCCGGAAGGCAUGGAAGUGGAUUCUGCUCUUUCAUCGUCACGUGUCAUGAGCGAAUCGUUAGAUAACUCUGCUGAAAGCAUCGCAGCCUUUUCAGCCUCAAAUGACUCUCCAACCACAGCUGCACUUGCUGAACCUAUUUCCACGAAUCUGGACAAACUCCCUCCAGGAUCCAAUAGGAUAUCGCAUAAACGCAAGCAUCAAGUUCAAGGUAGUCCUGCCUCCAAGUCAGCUUCUACCCACCGUCCAGCCAAGCUCCAGAAAUUGGAUAGCACGCCAAAUAGCUCCAACAAGGAUUCGCCAACGAACACGGAAGCUGGAAGUAAGAGUAAAGGCGCUCAAAAAGUAAACACGCCUAAGACGCGUGUCACCCGCCGAUCUUUGCGCGGAUCGUUGCUCAAAAACGAGGAUGGUGAGAAGGUUGCAACCCCACAUUCAAAUAACGAUAUCGAACCCCGGGGAGCUGUUCAGAACGAUCAGACAACAGAUAAUGGCACGCCCAUUGAUUCUAAUCUCCAGGAGGGCACAGAAUCACAGCAAGCUGGCUGCGAGGCUGAGACAAAGGAUAGUGAUCCUGCAAUCGUCCAUGACACAAACCCAAAUGCAGAUGGUGAGAAUGCCCCCGUCCUCUCUCCCAAACAGGGAAGUUUCGAAAAAGAUCGCGAAUCUACUUCGUGUACAGAAAGUCAAACAGUGGAACACAUUCUCGAUCUUACAGCUCCUCGCACUCACUCCGACACCACCUUUACAGAGGACUCUGCAGUGUCUGGUUUGGGUACAAACUCUCAGCGCAGCUCUUCUCCCCACGCAGCUUCCGCCACUGCUUUCCCUGUUGAUGCUUCCAUUCCUCAAAAUGCGGUAGGCAAACAAGCUGUUAGGGAAAUCGAAUUUUUUGCUCGGGUCAGCACGGAUAAAGGCCCGUUCGAAGUCAAGCUUAGUCAGAACUCGAUGAAAGACUUGGAAACCUUGACAACGCAGAUUCGGAAGUAUGUCGAGUUCAGUCAAACCGAGGGAGCUAGCUCAAAUAUCUCUUUUGAGCAGUUUCUUAUGAUCUUCGCAUUUGCUAGGAAACAGGCUUGA